AUGCUUAAUGAUUGUGGAAUGUUAGAGUUCCCUUUCACGGGUGACAUGCUCUCAUGGGUAGGCAAGCGAGCAGGAGGGUCUACAGUUAGAUGUCGCUUGGACAGGGCGGUAGGAAAUGCGGAUUGGCAUGAGAAGUUUCCCCAUUCGAGUAUAAAGUAUAUGAGGCUGUGGGGAUCGGACCAUCGUCCGAUUCUUGCAGAUAUACUGAGAUGGCUAGAUAACGAGGAGCUCAGGCAAGUCAUCCUGGAGGGAUGGAAAUCGCCUGAUCUCCCUCCAGAUGCGUCUAUUAUGGAACAUAUUUCAAGCUGUCGAAAGGCUCUGGGAGAAUGGAGGAGACAACAUAAUAUUAAUUCUGCGAAAUUAGUGGAGGAGCUUAAAGAAAAAGUGGAGGCCAUGUAUGCGGAUAACAAUGCUACAACUGAGGAAAUUGCAGCGGCUUUGAAGGAACUCUCUGAGGCUCUUAAGGCCGAGGAGAUGUUCUGGAAGCAGAAGAGUCGGAUCUUUGAAUCGUCUAAUCCUGAGGACAUUGGAGAGGCACUAACUCAAGUUCCUACGACAACCACUGGGCCAAUGAAUGAAAGCCUUACAGCUCCGGUAACGGAAUGGGAGGUCAAAUUAGCACUUUUUGCUAUGCACCCAGAAAAGGCCCCAGGCCCAGAUGGGAUGACUGCGCUAUUCUAUCAGAAAUUUUGGGAUAUUGUAAAGGAGGAUUUGACUCUUAUGGUCAAUGAAUUCCUAGUCGAGGGAACAGUGGUGAAUGGAUUAAAUGAUACGAAUAUAUGUCUCAUCCCGAAAACGACUAAGCCUAAUGAUAUGGCUCAGUUCCGACCCAUAAGUCUGUGUAAUGUCAGCUAUAAGAUAAUCUCGAAGGUCUUAUGCCAGAGAUUAAAGAAAGUGCUACCAGGAUUGAUUUCGGAAACCCAGUCAGCCUUUGUUGCUGGGAGGCAGAUCUCAGACAACAUUAUGAUUGCUCAAGAAAUGUUUCACGCAUUGAGCAAAGCGUAUGAUAGAAUGGCCAUUAAGACGGACAUGAGAACCAAGCCAAGUGGACGCAGUAAAAGGAUGGCCAUUAAGACGGACAUGAGCAAAGCGUAUGAUAGAAUGGAGUGGUCGUUUAUUGAAGCUGUCAUGCGUAAAAUGGGCUUCUCAGAGAUUUGGAUAACCUGGAUAAUGAGAUGCAUUACGUCGCGAGUUAAUGCAACUACCAGACAAGAGAUCAAAGAUGCACUGGGAAUACAAAAUGAAGGAGGGAUGGGAACCUACUUGGGUAUUCCAGAAGACAUAAGCGGCUCCAAGUGCAAAUUGUUUGCUUUCCUUAAGGAUAAGUUAAUGCACAGGGUAAAUGGAUGGACGGGUAGGUGGCUUUCAAAAGGAGGAAAGGAAGUAUUGAUAAAAUCGAUUUUGUUAGCUCUCCCGACUUAUGUAAUGUCUACUUUCCUGCUCCCUUUGGAGAUAUGUGAAAACUUAGCUAGUGCCAUUGCACACUUCUGGUGGAGCUCGAAUCCCCCAAAGAGAGGAAUACACUGGGCGAAAUGGGAAAAGGUGUGUGCACCAAGAGAGGAAGGUGGGAUUGGGUUUCGUAUGAUCCAUGAGUUUAAUCUGGCAUUGUUGGCAAAACAAUUAUGGAGGUUGGUUCAGUUCCCAGAUUCAUUGGUUGCCCGGGUCUUGAGGGGAAGAUACUACAGAUUAAGUUCUCCGCUGAGAGUAAACUCUACCAAUAACCCAUCGUAUGUGUGGAAUAGCAUCUCUGCUGUAAGGAAGUUGCUACUACUGGGAAUCAGACUGAAGAUUCACUCAGGAUAUGAUGUUAAGGUGUGGGAGGAUCCGUGGAUUCCAACGAUCCCAUCAAGACCGGCGGCUCCUGUUGCGCCUGUUAUGCACCCCAACAUGAGAGUUAGCGAUCUCAUUAAUCAGACAUCGAAGGAAUGGGAUGUUCGGCUUUUGGAGAGCUAUGUCAACAUUUACGAUAUACAGCUUAUAAGGAGUUUAGCCAUAAGCUCAUCUCAUCGCCGCGACUCCUUCUAUUGGAGCUACACAAGAAACGGACAAUACACAGUUAAAUCUGGAUAUUGGGUGGCGCAGAACUUAUUAAAGGUGGAGGAGGAACAGGAGGUUUUGGAGCCAAGUAUCACCAAUCUUCAAGCUUUUGCUUGGAAGCUGAAGGCGCCUACGAAGAUACGUCAUCUUAUAUGGCAGUUGUUGACUGGGCACGUGGCAGUAACAAGGAAUUUAGCAAGACGCAAUAUGAGAUGUGAUAAUUACUGCCCGAGGUGUGGAGAAUUAGAAGAAUCUGUAACUCAUGCCAUCUUUGAAUGCCCGCCAGCGCUACAAGUUUGGAGCCUAUCAGCAACCCCAACAGGCCCAGAGGUAUUUCCAGUAUCAAGCAUCUACACGAACAUGGAUUAUCUAUUUUGGAGGAAAAACUCUAUUAUUGAGCCGGAACAAGACAGGGAUCCUUAUCCCUGGAUAAUUUGGUAUAUAUGGAAGGCUAGGAAUGAAAAACUAUUCAGGGGGAUAGAUAGAGAUCCUUUGGAGUUAGUUCGAUAUGCAGAGAGUGAAUGUCGAGCCUGGUUUGAGGCGAAUGAAGUGAUACAACCAGUGCCACAAGGAAACAAUAUGCAUCGGCCAACUUUAGUGGAUGUGGAUGGGUGUGGAUGGACAGUAGGGGGAAGGCUCAGCUUAUGGGGUUAA